AUGCUGCCCAGCCCUUCUGCCCGUGGUGAGCAGGCCUGGGAGAAGAUUCUGCCUUCAGUGAACAGUGAAGAUAUGGAGAUCAUGCAGGAAUGGACCCAAGACCAUAAGUCAAAAGGUUUGUCUCCUGAGGAUACUGACCAAUCCCAAGAGGAGGAGAGGAAGUCCCCUAUACUGGAGCCAAUUACAAUUGAGGAUGUCACUGUGGUCUUCACGGACGAAGAAUGGAAUAUGCUGACCUCUGAGCAGAAGAGCCUCUACAGAGAAGUGAUGCUGGAGACUUACAGGAAUCUAUUCUCAUUGGAUUAUGAUACCUUUUCUUCAAGUGCUCUGUUGAAAAAUCAUCAGCCUGAAAUAAUCAUUAAAGAUUUCAUGGAAGAGGUAUUUAAUAAGUCAGCUUGGCUAGCUGAAUCAAAGCCAGAAAUCUACCCCAGUUCCUCCUGUCUCCUGGGGUUCCCCUGUCAGCAGUUUCUCAGCCAGCACGUGCUUCGGAUCUUCCCAGACUUAUGUGCAGACAACCACUCCCAUCCAGGGGAUUCCAGCCCAGGGCAUCAGAAGCAGCCGGAGCAGCAGGAUUGGGAGCCAAGCUGCUGGAGUGAAAACACAGAAGGUCAAGAGACAGAAGAUGUCUCCAAACCCUCGUGUGGGAGCACAGGAGGCAGAGAGCCCUGGAGGGCACUCUCCAGCCCUGCCCAAAGUCAGUCAGCAAGCCCUAGAGGAGGUAGCACAGUGGGAGGACUAGAGCCCAGCUCAGCUCCAAGGGGAAACUCUGAAGAAUUAGCAACCUCAGGAUUUGGAGCAGUCAGCUAUGGAGAGGAGGGAUCAGACUGUGGGCUGAAACCAAACUUUUUCACAAACCAGAGGUCUCUCUUCCAGAAGAAACCCUAUGUUUGUAGUGAGUGUGGGCAAGACUUUAGAUAUAAGUCAGAUUUCCUCAGACACCAGAGGAAACACUCAGGUGAGAAGCCAUAUGUGUGCAAGGAUUGUGGGCGAGGCUUUAGCCAGAAGUCAGGCCUAAUGGGACACCAGAGGACACACUCAGGGGAGAAGCCAUAUGUGUGCAAGGAUUGUGGGCGAGGCUUUAGCCUUAAGUCAAAUCUCAUGAAACACCAGAGGACACACUCAGGUGAGAAGCCUUAUGUUUGCAGUGAGUGUGGGCGAAACUUUACCCAGAAAUCACACCUCUCUAUGCACCAGAGGACACACUCAGUGGAGAAGCCCUAUGCGUGUCUGGAGUGUGGGCGAGGCUUUAACCGGGAAUCCAGCCUCCUUAUACACCAGAGGACACACUCAGGGGAGAACCCAUAUGAGUGCAAGGAGUGUGGCCGACGCUUUCGAAACAAAUCGACUCUCGUGGGACACCAAAUUAGACACUCAGGUGAGAAACCUUACACGUGCCUGGAGUGUGGGCGAGGCUUUAACUGGAAGUCAGGCCUCAUCCUCCACAAGAGGACACACACAGGGGAGAAGCCACAUGUGUGCAAGGAGUGUGGGCGAGGCUUUAGCCAGAAGUCAGGCCUUGUCAGACAUCAGAGGACACACUCUGGGGAGAAGCCUCAUGUUUGCAGUGUGUGUGGCCGAGGCUUUGCCCAAAAAGCAAGCCUCCUUGUACACCACAGGACACACUCAGGGGAGAAGCCUUAUGUUUGCAGUGAGUGUGGGCGAGGCUUUAGCCAGAGGUCAGGCCUCAUCAGACACCAGAGGACACACUCAGGAGAGAAAUCUUACAUUGGUCCGGAGUGUGGACGAGGCUUUACCCAGGAGUCAGGCUUCCUUUUUCCCCAGAGGACACACUCAGGGGAGAAAUCCUACAUGUGCUUGAAGUGUUGGCAAGGCUUUAGCCAGAAGUCAGGCCUCCUUCACCAGGAGGUACACCGAGAGGAGAAGCCACAUGUAUGCAAAGAUUGUGGGCGAAGCUGUAACCUGCAUUCAGUCCUCUUCAUACACCAGAGCACACACUCAGCUUUCAUCAACCAGACUACUCCCACAGGAUGGGAAGUACUAUGUAAAUACCCUUGA